AAAGAAUUAAAAUUGUAUUUUACUUUAAAUCAUAGUCAGGCGGUGCAGGCGGGCAAUGUGUUGUAUGUUUCUGGUUCUUUAGGCCUAGAUGAGAAGACGAUGAAACCGGUCGAGGGUGGAGCAGCGGCUGAGGCUAGGCAAUCGCUAAAAAACAUCCAUGCAAUACUUAAACAUGCUGGCACUUCAUUCGAUAAAAUUGCGAAGACCACAGUAUUGCUGAGUGAUAUUAACAAUGCUAAGUUUGUAAACGAAGUCUACCAAGAAUUUGUAAAAGAACCGUAUCCAGCCAGGUCUACUUAUCAAGUGGCUAAAUUACCAUUGGACGCACUUGUGGAAAUCGAAGUGAUUGCUAUCAUCGAAUAAUGAUUUGUGAAUUGUCACCAUAAAUUCCGAGAUGGAUGUUUUAAUAAGACGAUUAUAAGAUAUUAAAUAUCGUUAAAUGUCUAGUACAAUUUGGACAAGUAGAAAUAGUAGAAUCAUUACCUAUAUGGCUAUAUUUUAUUAUACAUUUUAGUAAUAUUAAAGCUAAAAUUGUAGUAUCAAUGUAUUAUAUAUAUUGCCAUAUUGUAUAGUGUAUAUCAAUAUCACGGUAUACCA